UCCGUUGAGGGCGCGCGCUUGGACGCGAGGGGCAGAAGCCCGAGGGCGCGUCUGCGCGUGCGCGGCUCCUCCGUUCUCCUGACCGCCCGCCCGCCUGCCUGAGGUAAAAAAAGAAGAUUUAGCCGCUUCAGGAGAAGGAGGAAGGGACGGUAACGACGUUACUACCGGUCACCCCCCCCGCCCCGGUUCGCCUCCGCCUCCUGCAGCGCCUCGGCUGUCCCCGUGUCCGACCCACCGAGCGAGGGAGCGACCGGCGCAGCGGCCAUGAGCGACGGCGAGCAGCUCCUUCAGCGGGCCCGCCUGGCCGAGCAGGCGGAGAGAUACGACGACAUGGCUUCGGCCAUGAAAGCGGUGACUGAGCUGAAUGAGCCUCUUUCCAACGAAGACAGAAACCUCCUGUCUGUAGCGUACAAGAACGUGGUGGGUGCCAGGCGCUCUUCCUGGCGGGUCAUCAGCAGCAUAGAACAGAAGACCAUGGCCGACGGUAAUGAGAAGAAGCUGGAGAAGGUGAAGGCCUACAGGGAGAAGAUCGAGAAGGAGCUAGAGACAGUAUGCCAUGAUGUCCUGGCUCUCUUAGACAAGUUCCUCAUCAAAAACUGCAGUGACAUUCAAUAUGAGAGCAAGGUCUUCUACCUGAAAAUGAAAGGGGAUUACUACCGCUACCUGGCAGAAGUCGCUACAGGCGAGGAGAAGAACAGUGUGGUGGAAGCAUCAGAAGCCGCAUACAAAGAAGCCUUUGAAAUCAGCAAAGAGCACAUGCAGCCCACGCACCCCAUCCGGCUGGGGUUGGCGCUCAACUUCUCUGUGUUCUACUACGAGAUCCAGAACGCCCCCGAGCAGGCCUGCCUUCUUGCCAAACAAGCCUUUGACGACGCCAUUGCAGAGCUGGACACCCUCAACGAGGAUUCCUACAAGGACUCCACCCUGAUCAUGCAGCUCCUUCGAGACAACCUCACCCUCUGGACCAGCGACCAGCAGGAUGAGGAAGCCGGGGAGGGCAACAACUGAAGGGCCUUCUGUGCCACAGCUUUCCAUCAACUACCCACCUCAUCACCAUCACCAACACUUCUUUGCCACGAUCACACAACGCAUUUAGUGCUAAGCAUCUCUGUCUCGUUGGCACAGCUGUGACGUUUGCUGGGCAUGGCAUCAGACGGGACUUUGUGGGCAUAGCGGGACUUCAGCGGUAGUCAGCCCUGUUUACUCUGGGGGCAUAUUAAUUGUGUGGAAAGAAACUUUAAAUGAGGAAUUUUCGUUUCGUUUGGUCCAUACUGUAUUAUAUGAGUUCAUGAGAGCAUGGAAAGUGAUUAAGAAGAAUUGAUCAGAAAUCAGACCUGUACAUUUGCCCUUUAGAAGGAGUGUCUUGCGUCUGUUCUUCAGUCCCCUUCGUACAGUGCAAGAACACAGAACCUGCCCAGUGGGAGUGGCUCCAUGCCAGUGCGGACUGACUUUGCCUGACUCCUCCACUUUAGUAUGUGGGGCUCUGUAGUGAUAUGUGCUUGUCUCUUACAUGCACAGACUGGGCUUCAGGCAAGGCAUCUGGAGGUUUUGGUUUCGACACGUGUAUGCUUUUGUUUUUUUAAGUUUUGAAGAAUCAUGGCAGGUCUUUUUUUAUUUUUGUAAAUUCUUUGGUUGUUCCAUUGCCUGUGUAUUCUGACCACACUGUGUCAAUGUUAUCCCAUGUUAAGGUGGAUGAUAAUGAGAUGCCAGACUUCAAAAUUAAGUGUUUUGGAAUUAAAAAAAAAUAAUUAAGGAAAUAAAGUGCUGCUUUGAGGAGAUAAGCUGAAAGAUG